AUGAGGGUUCUAUGUGUGGCAGAAAAGAAUUCUAUUGCAAAAGCUGUUUCACAAAUAUUGGGGGGAGGGAGCUCUAUAGCAAGAGAUUCCGGUUAUAUGUAUGUCAAGAAUUAUGAUUUUAAUUUCAGUGGGUUCCCAUUCGCAGAUUCGAGAGAUUGUCAAGUCACUAUGACAAGUGUGGCAGGUCAUUUAACUGGAGUUGAUUUUGCAAAUGAGAGGUAUGGCUGGGGUAAAUGUGCAAUCCAUGAGUUGUUUGAUGCUCCUCUUAGUCAAACUUUGGAUAAGAACCAGAAAAAGAUAGCAGAUAAUAUUAAGAGGGAGGCAAGAAAUGCAGAUGCUUUAAUGAUUUGGACAGAUUGUGAUAGAGAAGGCGAAUAUAUUGGUUGGGAAAUUCUCAUAGAAGCAAAAAAGGGCAAUGGAUCUCUGAAUGAAUCUAAUAUAUAUAGAGCAGUGUUUUCGCAUUUAGAGAGAAGUCAUAUAUUACAUGCAGCAAGAAACCCAAAACGGUUGGAUAUGAAUAGUGUUCAUGCAGUCGGUACAAGAAUGGAAAUUGAUCUUAGAGCAGGUGUUUCUUUUACAAGGUUACUAACUGAAACAAUGAAACCUAAGAUAUGUCCUCCUGCAGUUGGUCCAAAUAGAAAUAAAAAGAAGGAAAAUAUAGUGAUAUCGUAUGGAACAUGUCAAUUCCCAACAUUGGGAUUUGUGGUUGAUAGAUUUGAAAGAAUAAGAAAUUUUAUUCCUGAAGAGUUUUGGUAUAUACAGUUACAAAUUGCAAAUCCGGAUCCAAAUAUCACAACUACAACUCCUUUCCAAUGGGAGAAAGGUCAUUUAUUUGAUAGAUUGUCUGUGUUAACGUUUUAUGAGCUGUGUAUAGAAACAGCAGGAAAUAAAGCAAAAGUUAUCGAUUUAAAGUCAAAACCAACUUCUAAAUACCGUCCAUUACCUUUAACUACUGUAGAGUUACAGAAAAAUUGUGCUAGAUUUUUAAAAAUUAAUGCAAAGCAAUCUCUAGAUGCAGCUGAAAAGUUGUACCAGAAGGGAUUUUUAUCUUACCCAAGAACUGAAACUGAUAUAUUUCCUAAAACUAUGGAUCUCAAGAAAUUGGUCGAGAAACAAGCUCAAUUAGAUCAAACCAAUAGUUCAAAUAGAUCACCUUGGGCAGACUACGCUAAAAACUUAUUGUCUGAUAACAUCGAAGGGCAUUCACAAUUCCAAACACCACGUGCUGGUACACAUGAUGAUAAAGCCCAUCCUCCAAUCCAUCCCAUUAUUGCAUUAGGUGAACAUGCCACUAUCACACCUGUCGAACGUAGAGUAUAUGAAUAUGUCGUCAGGCAUUUCCUUGCUUGUUGUUCCGAAGAUGGUAAAGGUACGUCAACAACACUUAUUUUGGAUUGGGCAGGUGAAAAAUUUACUGCAACUGGUAUUGUGGUACUUCAAAGAAACUUUCUGGAUGUCUAUCCUUGGGCAAAAUGGGAAACAACAAAGCAACUACCAAGACUUGAGAUGAAUCAGCUAGCUGAUAUUGUAACUGCUGAGAUGAGAUCCGGAAGUACCUCUCCACCAAAACCAAUGACAGAAAGUGAAUUGAUUAUGCUGAUGGAUGCAAAUGGAAUAGGUACGGAUGCCACGAUUGCAGAACACAUAGAAAAGAUACAAGCAAGAAAUUACAUCAGACCAGAGAAAGUUGGGAAAGAAAGUUAUUUACAGCCUACGACUUUGGGCAUUGCAUUAGUUCAUGGAUUUGAAGAAAUGGGUUUAGAAGACUCAUUUGCAAAGCCGUUUCAGAGAAGAGAAAUGGAAGAAGAUUUAAAAAAAAUAUGCGAUGGUAUAAAGACAAGGCAAGAAGUGACAUCAAACAUUGUUACAAAGUACCGGAACUAUUACAGGAGAACAAAUACUUCAAAAAACAAAUUAUUAGAAGUUUAUGACAGAGUUAAAAACACAAUAAUUUAA